CUAAAAUGUUAACUCUCUCUCUAUGCAGCUGUGGGGCACUUGAACUUGUUCAUGCGUUUCAUGUCUGAAAGUGGCGGUGGAGUUCAUGGGACAUCCAUGGAUUUGCAGACCUCAUCCUACCUUCUCUCUCCAUUCUCCUUUUUCUCUCUCUUCUUUUCCUUUCCUUUCCCUCAUUUUCUUUCUGCUUGUUGCGAAUGUUCAGCGGUUUUAAUGGCGGUCAUAGGACACCGAAGCCUCUCUUUAAAUUGCAAUUUCCAUAAGUUCGUUCUCCUUGAGUUCUCUUGACUACCUGUUCCAAUUUGACCCUUGUGCUCCUGGUUUUUCUUUCUGAUCUUUCGCUCUCUACUUGAAUUCUCUAAUUCAGUUUCCUUAUUUCUUGGAUUAUUCUCUGUCUCUCUCUCUCAAUUCUGAGAUUUGCAUAACUCAAUAGGUUUUUUCCUCUUCUCUCCACUGUAUAAAUUACAUGAGGUUUGAAUAUUUCUUGAUGGCAAAAGAGACUGAAGAGAGAAAAGAAGAUGCGGACCAGGUCGGAAAUCAUGACAGAGAAGAAGCAGAAGGUGAGACAGGAAAUGACGAGCAAAAAGGCGACGAUGGAGAUCAUCUUGAAGAAGAGAUACAUGCUCUCUUUGAAGAAAUAGGCAUAGUGGACCAAGAGAUUAUUAGACUUGAAAGGAAAGUGGGUCAACUCAGGUGCCGCUUUUAUAGAGAGAAUGAACAUUUUCGAGUUUCAGAGGACCAUCAGAUAACCAAUAAUCAGCAUUUUUUGGGACAGAGAAACCAAAGGCUACACAAGCAAAGGGUAAAUUCACUUGGUUCUUCGUAUGAAGCCGUGCUUUCCAUGGAAGGUGGCUGCAGCAGUGACUCUGAUUUCAAGGACGAGAGAUUCAAAGAAAAGCAUGGCCAUGGGUCCAAACAGAACUCGAUCCAGGGCUUUGUAAACGACAGUAAGAAGCCCAACAAGCUCUCUGAGGAGCUUUUGAAGUGCUUGAUCUCUAUUUUCCUCAAAUUGAACAGGAAUAGAAGUUGUGAAGUCCCUAAGCUAAUGCUUUCAUGCAUGAGUUCUGGGAGCUUCAUUCCCAAAAGCUCCUUCAAUUGCACAGCACCAUUGUUUCUCUCUCUGGAUUCAACCACACAUGAUCCUUAUGGUACUCUUGAUAGAGAAAUCGACAUCGGACCAUACAAGAACUUCAUCGUCCUCACGAGGAGCUCACUGGAUUUUGGUCGGGUAUCCGAAUGCUUUCCGUUGCUCCAAAAACUAAGGGUUUUGAUGGACAAGCUUUGCAAUUUGGAUCUGAGUUUUUUGACAUACAAACAAAAGCUGGCCUUUUGGAUCAACAUCUAUAAUGCUUCCAUUAUGCAUGCAUUUCUCCAAUAUGGGCUUCCCUCCUCACCUCAGAAACUAUUGGCACUAUUGGACAAGGCCAUGCUCAAUGUUGGAGGCAUAGUACUAAACGUUCUGGCGAUCGAGCAUUUUAUCCUCAGGCAUCCAUGUGAGUUCAAAAAGGGAAGUAUGGAGGAAAGGGAAGCUGUACUUCGCCGUGCAUAUGGUCUCGGGUAUCCUGAACCAAGCAUCACUUUUGCUCUCUGCCGUGGAAGCUGGUCUUCCCCUGCAAUAAGGGUGUACACUGCAGAGAACGUGGUGAACGAGUUAGAGACUGCGAAAGUGGAGUACUUACAGGCCUCCAUUGGAGUCACAACCAAGAAGAAAAUAAUAAUCCCAAAGCUUCUCCAUUGGUACACACAGGAUUUUGCAGAGGACCUAGACUCAUUGGUAGAGUGGAUAUAUAGCCAAUUGCCUAGGUCCUCACCAUUGAGGAGAUUGAUUAUGGAGUGCUUGAAAAGUGAGACAAGGUGGCCCAUUGCUCAAACCGUUGAGCCAAUUUGUGGAGCCAACAUGGAUGUAAUGCUCCAAACUUCAUUCGUCUGUGAACGGAAUUGGAAUACUUUUGAGAUGAUUCAUACACAGAAAAAAAACAAGCUUGAAUCAAAGAGGCUCAAUGACCUAAAUUAUGUGAAGUACAGUCAAUACUUGAAGGAGAGAUUUGUUAAGAGAACCCCCUCAUAUCAAAAAACAUGGAUAAUGUCAUGGAGUGGUUGGUUGAUGAUGAUGAGGUCGAGGGGCACGAAAGAUUGACAGAGGAUAUGAUCGUGGAGGACUCAGGGACAGCAGCCGAUCCUUAUAGGGCCACUAGAUCUCCUUCACAGAGGACGAGGGUGGCGGCGGAAGAGGAGGAAGCAGAGGCAAAUUUAGAAGAGAAAAAGGAAGAGAUGAUUCCAAUGAUGAUGGGCUUGACUCCGAUGCAUAUGAUGUAGCUGACCCUACUUUUUCUGAUGAUGAGUGAUGACAAAAGACUCUUCAAGUCUAUAUUUCUUUCCUUUUUCUUUUCCUCCUCUUAUGUGUAUAUAUGGACUAUGGAUAUGGAGUAUGGAGAAGUGUAUGUGGACUAUGGACAUUUGAUGUCUUAUUUCUUUCCUUUUCUUGAUGAUGAAUUGAUGACUGAAUUCGAAAUUUUUCAAUGUUGGAUUAUAUUUUUUUAUUUUUACUAUAUGUAUGGAGUCGAUGGAGUAUGGACUAUGGUGUGGAGUAUGGACUAAUGGUAUGAAAUGUAUGGAUUAUG